UCGGAAGGACAACCGAGACAAACCCUAGCUUAAGGAUCCGUCCGCACACCGUUUCCUUAUCUACCGGAUCGACGCCUCUGCCUCCGUCGACCCCGCCGGAGCACUGCCUCCAUCGCUUACGCCGGACCGAAGCCAACACUAGCCAUCUGCUUGAUGUUAUCUUUAAUUUCAAGGUUUUGAGCUAGCAGUCAACAGGAAAAUGGCUUCACGUUUCUGGACACAGGGUGGUGAUAGUGAUACUGAGGAAGAGGAAGAGGAAAACAGUGAAUAUGAUGGAAGUGAUGCAGAACAACCUGCAGGUGAUAAUUCUGGGGCUGCAGCUGGGAGCAGGUACCUCCGUGGUCAAGCCAGUGAUAGUGAUGAUUCAGAUGGCCAACACCGAGUGGUCAAGUCUGCUCGUGACAAAAGAUUUGAUGAGAUGGCUGCUACUGUCGAUCAGAUGAAGAAUGCUAUGAAGAUAAAUGACUGGGUUAGUUUGCAGGAGAGCUUUGAGAAGAUAAAUAAGCAGCUUGAGAAGGUUGUUCGUGUCACAGAGUCUGUGAAGGUCCCAAAUCUUUAUAUUAAAGCCUUGGUGAUGCUGGAGGAUUUCUUGGCUCAGGCCUUGGCUAAUAAAGAUGCUAAGAAAAAGAUGAGCAGCAGCAAUGCUAAGGCCCUUAACUCAAUGAAGCAGAAGCUGAAAAAAAAUAAUAAGCAGUACGAGGAGAUAAUAGCUAAGUACCGUGAAAUGCCCGAAAGUGAGGAUGAUGGAACUGCAGAUGAAGAUGAGGAAUCAGAUUCAGAGGUGGAGGAAGAUCCAUCAAAGAUUGUCAUGUCUGAUGAAGAGAAUGAGGAUGAUGAUGAUGAUGAUGAGGAUGGGCAUGAUGAGGCAACUGAGGGUGAUGGAGUCUGGGAGAGGAAGAUGAGCAAGAAGGAUAAACUUAUGGACAAGCAGUUCAUGAAGGACCCAAGUGAAAUCACAUGGGAUAUUGUCAACCAGAAGCUCAAAGAGAUUGUAGCAGCUAGAGGCAAAAAAGGAACAGGGAGAGUAGAGCAGGUUGAGCAGCUUACUUUUUUGACUCGUGUUGCCAAAACACCUGCCCAGAAACUUGAGAUUCUAUUUAGUGUCAUAUCUUCACAGUUUGACAUCAAUCCAAGCUUACUUGGGCAUAUGCCUAUCAAUGUCUGGAAGAAAUGUGUUGGUAACAUGCUUCUUGCACUUGAUAUCCUUGAGCAAUAUCCUAACAUUGUGGUUGAUGAUACAGUUGAGCCUGAGGAGAAUGAGACUCAGAAGGGUGCAGAUCAUAAUGGAACUAUUCGUGUAUGGGGUAACUUGGUUGCAUUCCUUGAUCGACUUGAUUCAGAAUUUUUUAAGAGCUUGCAGUGUAUUGAUCCAUAUACUCGAGAGUAUGUUGAGAGGCUUAGGGAUGAGCCCCUAUUCUUUGUGAUUGCACAGAAUGUGCAGGACUAUUUGGAGAGGAUUGGAGACUUCAAAGCGUCUUCAAAGGUAGCACUGCGCCGACUUGAGCUUAUAUAUUAUAAACCUCAGGAAGUUUAUGAUGCAAUGAGGAAGUUGGCAGAGCAGACAGGAACAGAAGAUGGUCUGGGGAAUGGUGAUGAGAGUGAAAAAAAUCUGUCUAUGGAGGAAAACAGAGGACCUCCAGUUUUUGUCUCAAUUCCUGAACUUGUGCCCAGGAAGCCCACAUUUUCAGAAAGCAGUAGGGCAUUGGUGGAUGCGUUGGUAUCUCUAAUCUACAGUUAUGGUGAUGAAAGAACAAAGGCUAGGGCUAUGCUGUGUGACAUAUACCACCAUGCUAUUUUUGAUGAGUUCUCUAUUGCUCGAGAUCUCCUAUUAAUGAGUCAUCUGCAGGAUGGUAUUCAACUCAUGGAUAUAUCUUCUCAGAUCUUGUUUAAUAGAGUAAUGGCCCAGCUGGGACUCUGUGCCUUCAGGGCAGGGUUGAUUCAGGAAGCCCAUGGUUGUCUCUUUGAAUUGUAUCAAGGUGGUAGAGUAAAAGAAUUACUGGCUCAAGGCUUUUCCCAAAACCGAUAUCAUGAGAAAACUCCUGAGCAGGAGAAGGCUGAGAGGAGAAGGCAGAUGCCAUACCACAUGCACAUUAAUCUUGAGCUCCUUGAAGCUACUCAUCUGAUCUCUGCAAUGCUUCUGGAGGUCCCUAACAUGGCAGCUACUGCAUAUGACCCUAAGCGCAAGCCUAUUAGCAAGACAUUCAGGAGACUUCUCGAAGUGAGUGAGCGGCAAACAUUCAUGGGUCCUCCAGAGAGUGUAAGGGACCAUGUCAUGGCUGCCACAAGAGCCCUUAGCAAGGGAGACUACCAGAAAGCUUUUGAUGUAAUCAGUUCUCUUGAGAUCUGGAAGCUUCUCAGGAACUGUGAUAGUAUACUGCAGAUGGUGAAGUCCAAGAUCAAGGAAGAGGCUCUCCGGACUUACCUCUUUGCAUUCGCGUCCUGCUAUGAUUCUCUCAGCUUAGAGCAGCUUACUUCUAUGUUUGACCUCUCUAAGGCUCAUGCCCACAGCAUUGUUAGCAAGAUGAUGGUUAUGGAGGAGCUGCAAGCAAGCUGGGAUCAGCCUACAAAGUGCCUUGUCUUCCACAAUUUGGAACAAACCAGGCUUCAGAGCCUACUCUUCCAGAUGGCAGAUAAGCUUGUAAUUCUAGCUGAAAACAAUGAGAGGGCUUUCGAGGUGAGGACUGGUGGGGGUCUUGAGGGACUUCCGCCAAAGCGCAGAGAGGGACAGGACUAUACUGCCUAUGGCGCAAACAGAUGGCAGGAUAAUUCUGCUUCAGGAGUCUCACAAGGUAGGCAGGGUAGCGGUUAUGGUGGCCGCCUUGGAUACAAUGGGAGGACUGGCGGCUCUGCACAAGCCGGUGCAGGUUCACGGGGCGCAGGAGGGCAUUAUGGGAGUAUGGGACGGACAUCGUACCGAGCAACAGCUAUGAGAGCCUCACAAGUUGAGGGUUUUGCAGGAAUGGUGAACUUAAGCAGGGCUGGUAGAAUUUAAGACUUGUAUCUUGCUCAACGGCAUAUCCUUUUGCCAUUCAGAAGAGUUGUUUAUUUGUUAUUUUUGUUUGUCUCAUGAUCUGUUCGCAGCAGAUUCGAAUGAGGACUUAGCACCCAUUUGUUUUCACUUAAAAUUUGUUGUAGCGAGAUUUAUAACUUAUGCCACCUUAUUUCAUCUCA